AUGUGCAUGAAAGCCACCUGUAGCAAAUGCAGCAAGACCUCGUGGUUCGGCUGCGGCAGCCACAUCCCCGGCGUCCUAGACCAGGUCUCGACGGAUGACUGGUGCACCUGCGAGCCCAAGGUCGAGGUCAAUGGGAAGAAGUACCCGCCAAAGGCUGGAUAA